UGACUGGGCAAAACCAUCUCAAAGAUAAGACGUGCAAACAUCCACACUGCUGGUGUGACGCCUCAGAGACAGUCUUCAGUCCACUUUCCCACACUCACAUCUCGUUGAUGCUUGGACCUUUAUCCCCCACUACUUUUAAGUGAUUUUGUAAUUUUUGCAAGACUGUGGUCGACGAGCAACACUCACCAUGAAGUACAGGACAGUGGUGAUGUACGUGGAGAUCGGCUGCUUCGUGUCCUGUCUGUGUGGCUGGAUCCUGGUGUGUUCCACACUUCCGACAGAGUACUGGACUUUCUCUGAGGUGGGCAGCAUCGUGCUGACCACUUCCAACUACUACUCCAACCUGUGGAUGGACUGCAUCUCUGACACCACGGGAGUAUCCGACUGCAAGUACUACCCCUCCAUGCUGGCCCUGCCAGUGUUCCUCCACGCCUGCAGGGCAUUGGCGGUCUCCUCCGUUGCAACUGGCUUUUUCGGAGGCGUCCUCACACUCAUCGGAAUGAAAUGCACUAAAAUAGGCGGGUCAGAGCUCGCCAACUCCAGGGUGACCUUUGCGGGGGCUUUAACCUUCCUGGUUUCAGGAACCUGUGGAAUGAUCACCUACUCGUGGUGGGCCAACAAAGUUGUAAGAGAAUUCCUGGAUCCACACUUCAGGGCACAGAAGUUUGAAAUUGGAGCGGCGGUCUUCGUUGGCUGGGGAGGCUCCGUCCUUCUUGUCUCUGGAAGCUCAGUGCUGACUUACUUCUCGGGAAAAGAAGGUUUGCCAUCGAGUUCCUCAAGGAGGCCUCGGAGACCAGCCACGUACGCUACGGCGAGGACCAGACGUACCUACAUGCUGCCGGCCACGUCUUCCAGAGUGACUCUGGGGCCGCCGCUGUUUUACGAGGGCAGGAGGAGCCGAGAGACCAGAGCCACGCCAAGGAGCGGGCUGACCUUCAACAGGGACAGUUUUGUCUAAGACUCAACUACAAACUUUAGGAAGUGACUCAAAAGACUUAAAAGAAUAAUUGGAUGAGGUACUGAAACACAGUAGGCACUGUGUGUGUCCCCUGCACCGAAAAAAACAGCUUACAUACGAUGUAAUAUUUGAUAAUGGAUGACAAAAAAAAAACAAAUUUUGUAUUGAAUUCUGUUUUUCUGUUGAUAUGUAUUUACUUUUACACUAUAGCUGAAUUACUAGUAUCUCAAUCAUGUCAAAUUGACACGUUAACUUUGUGAUUGCUGUGUAAACCACCUCACUCGGAAAUCUUUAAUUGGCUUAAUUGACUUAAUUGGCAAGUUUUUGGCAGAAAUCCAGAGAGCAAAGAGCGGCUUCUCUAAACAUAUCAGUUCAUAAUGUUUACAUAUUUUAAAGAAGAACUCACUUCAAUAGUCAACUGUUCUAAAUAACUUUAUGUUACACAAUAUGAUUUAAUCAUGUUAUUUCUCUGAUGUAAAUCACUUGCAUGUUGGCUGAGGGCUGAACCAGACCUUUGAAACUGUGUUGUUACAUGAAGCCUUGCAUUUCAUUUUUUUCUAGCUUCCUUGGUUGAAUAUUGCUCUUGGCUUUUCCUGGUGCACUCAUCUUUUCUUUUCACAAUAUUUAAAGCUUAUGUAAGAAUAAACAUAGUUUCCUUUCAAACAGUUCUCACAUCUGGGAGCACCUACUGGCUCCAAUGUCACUUGAAACCUGAAUGACUCAUACUCUUAGGCCCCGUCCACACAGAAAAGGGUUUCGCUGAAUAUGCAUGGAGAUGGCGUUUUAGGGGACCUGAAAUGAUAUUUUUUUGAAAACGCCUCCAAGA